AUGGAGUCAAGCGUGAAGAACUCGGGUAGACAGGCCAUGCCGGAGGCAGGCGUGCAGUCUUACACUCCAGUCCAGUGCUUGCUGCUGGGCGUCAGUGAAGGAGACAUCAGAGGAGGAAACCUGACUCCACCAGCAGCAACCAGAAAAAAAAAAAAAAUCCUGAUAACGUAUAUUCAUGAGCAGGUCAGCAUCAUGAAGCUCCGGCCACCUCUACUCAUGACAUUCCUCUGUAUGGUGCUACUGUCUGUGCUGGGAGGAAUAAAGAAAAAACAUGGCCAGGAUGAAAUGUUAAUUGAGGAGUGCUGGGGAGACCCGAUGGUCUAUGAAUGUACCAAGAAGUGUUCUAGAACCUUUAGAUGUGUUGACAUCAAUCACACAUGCUGCUGGUCCUAUUGUGGGAACAUCUGCUGGAAAAAUAAAGACACUUUGCAAGAUGACUAA